GCCGGGCCUCGUCCUCGGCGGCGCUGAGGGCACCUCCCCUCACCGAGAGCUCGCUGGGGGCAUCGAGCCCCGAACAGGAAUGUUAUGCUUUUAAACAAGAGAUAAAACUGCUGAAAAGCCAGAGCUAGACCCAGCAACAGACGAAUGGAGGUGUGCAGCAAAAUGGGUUGAGAGCAGAGCUGUCUUAUUCCACUUUGUUUUUGCACUGUCUUCAGUUUUGCUUCAGAGAGCGCUAUCAAAUUGGCAAAGAAGAACAGACAACCUCUGGUGAUAUGCAUGUUUGCAUCCUGAUUUAUCCACUUUGCUUCUGGCAGCCUGUGAAGGAGAUCUACUGCAGUGUGCCUGUGAACCUUCCGUGCAAACAUAGAAGCAUUAUUGAUUCCUCAUGCCCUGGAGAACCUAUUCAGAAAGGCAGGGAUGGAGGACACAAGAAUAUUUUUGUGGCCUUAAUGUAAAUGCCACAUGUUAAAGAAAUUACAUCUACAGAAUUUCUGUUUUCAGCCAGUGGUGGCUGAGCUGAAACUUCCUGCAUCUUGUGGAGAGCAUGUAUAAAAGGAAUGACCUCAUGGCCAAUGUGAUGGUCACCUCCGCCACUCCAGAGGGUAGUAGCAGCUCGGAUUCUCUGGAAGGGCGAAGUUCAGAUUAUGCCAAUAAAAGCUACGAUGCAGUCAUAUUUGAUGUGUUGAAAGUAACUCCUGAGGAGUUUGCUAGCCAGAUAACAUUGAUGGAUAUGCCUGUAUUUAAAGCUAUACAGCCUGAGGAACUAGCCAGCUGUGGAUGGAAUAAGAAAGAAAAACACACCCUCGCGCCAAAUAUUGUUGCCUUUACUAGGAGGUUUAACCAGGUCAGUUUUUGGGUUGUACGAGAAAUACUAACAGCACAGACCUUAAAAAUACGGGCAGAAAUACUGAGCCACUUUGUGAAAAUAGCAAAAAAGCUUCUGGAACUGAAUAAUCUUCAUUCUCUUAUGUCUGUGGUGUCAGCACUGCAAAGUGCACCGAUCUUCAGGCUGACCAAAACUUGGGCUCUUUUGAAUCGGAAAGACAAGACCACCUUUGAGAAGUUAGACUAUUUACUGUCUAAAGAAGAUAAUUACAAAAGGACACGAGAGUACAUCAGAAGCUUAAAAAUGGUUCCAACAAUUCCAUAUUUAGGAAUUUAUCUCUUGGAUUUAAUCUACAUUGAUUCUGCAUAUCCUGCUUCAGACAGCAUAAUGGAGAAUGAACAAAGAUCCAAUCAAAUGAAUAAUAUUCUCCGAAUCAUAGCUGAUCUGCAAGUAUCCUGCAACUAUGAUCAUCUCACAACACUUCCCCAUGUGCAAAAGUAUUUGAAGUCUGUCCAUUACAUUGAAGAACUUCAGAAAUUUGUAGAAGAUGACAAUUACAAAUUAUCUUUAAGAAUUGAGCCAGGUAACAGCUCUCCUCGACUGGUUUCCUCCAAAGAAGAUCUUGCAGGUCCAUCUGAGCUGUCAGCAAUUAUGAAAUUCAGCAGGAGACCCACAUGUCCUGAUGCCUCAGUAGCAGCAAGUCUACCUACGCCUCCCGUCCCAAGGCACCGGAAGAGUCACAGCCUGGGAAACAAUAUGAUGUGUCAGUUGAGCGUCGUGGAGAGCAAAAGCGCCACCUUCCCGACAGAGCGGCCGCGGCACCUGCUGGAUGACAGUGUCCUGGAGUGUCACAGCCCCGCGCACGGCCACCCGCCCGGCACGCGCCUCGCCAACGGGCUCUCCAGAGAUAGCAGUGAAAGCUCAGAAUUUAGUGAGGAGCUGCCGUCAGGGCUUGAAAGGGGUCGUUUAUAUGCCACACUGGGGCCUAACUGGAGGGUACCAAUCCGGAAUUCUCCUCGGAGUCGAAGCUGUGUAUACAGAGGAAUGCUUUGUCUCUCCAGCCCAACAGGUGCAUGCAGCUGCACAGCAGGUGGUUCCACAGGAGUCAUUACCAUGGAAGGGCCAUUAAGAAGAAAAACAAUGCUCAAAGAAGGCAAGAAACCUACUCUCUCCUCGUGGACUAGAUACUGGGUCAUGCUUUCAGGAUCAACUCUUCUGUACUUUGGAGCAAAAGCUUUAAGAGGCACUGAAAGAAAACAUUAUAAAUCUACACCUGGGAAAAAAGUCUCCAUUGUGGGCUGGAUGGUGGCACUGCCUGAUGACCCAGAGCAUCCUGAUAUUUUCCAGCUAAAUAAUCCUGACAAAGGCAAUGUUUACAAGUUUCAGACUGGUUCAAGGUUUCAUGCAAUAUUAUGGCAUAAACAUUUGGAUGAUGCGUGCAAAAGCAACAAGCCUCAGGUACCUGCUAAUCUAAUGUCAUUCGAGUAAUUUCCUCUCCUACCUGGUGUGACUUCAAGUGCCAAACUGAUGAAACAGGUUAUUAUUCUCUAAGGAGGAAGAGGAGAAUGGUUUUCCUGAUAUGAGCCAGCCACAGAUAUUUCAGCACUUUCCUAUGUAACUUGAAAGUUAUUCUGACACAGCUUUUAAAAGCAGAAAGUGAAUGUUGUCCCUAGGACCAGAUAAAGUCUCAUGCACUGAGUGAAAGCAGGCAAGUUAGAUGGACAGAAGAUUAAUCCUGACUCCUGCAGGAUUCUAGAGCCCUCACCUAUUUGUGGUCAGAGACUGCAUGAACUGAUAUUUGACCACAAACUGAGCAUCAUAUCUUCUGCCUAUUCUUUUUUAAAUGGUUCUUUUUAUUGUUAAGCUGCUUUGUGUGACUGAAGAAUAUUUGGCCCAUGUUGGGUUUCAAUUCUUUCUAAUGCACAGAAUGAUUGACAGUGUUAACUUGCUGCAAAGUGUCAGUUAGAAUAGAAAAUUGUGGAACAACAUUUUUAUAAUGUAGGUGCACUGAGUUGCUUAGCAAUGUGGCUGCCUCAAAUUUUCUAUCAAAUCUCUGGACAAUUCUGCUGUUCAUAUUUGAGCUAUUUGGAAAAAAUGUAUUUUGGCAUAGGACAGUUGGUCUUUUUUUUUCAUUCAGUUAUUUUGCUCAGGAGUACCCUGGUAAUGGAUUUAAGGCUGUUUAAAUUUAUGUUGUGCUGAAAUUUGUCUUUCAUUCUUUUACCAGUGGCAUAGUUGCUUAUAAAUUUGGUGUUUCAGUUCAGUCUGAACAUUGUUCAUUUCAAAUCCCUCAGUACAAGGAAGCAGGUAAUCAGGUGUUAUAUAUCACAUGGUCCUGGCUCCGUAUCAUUGUUUCUGUUCUGUCCUUCUGUGGACGACUUGGCUCCAAUCAAUUCCAGUAUAUGUUACAACUUCAGGACAUAAGUACUGGUAGAUGGUACUGCUAUUAUAAAAUCAUGGUGGCAGUGAAAGACUAUCUAACAGUGGAGCAAGUACAAAGAAGUCUCCACAUCAAUAUCCAGAAAACAAACGAACAAACAAAAGUAUUUCUGGGCCUUCCCCUCUGAAGGAACUCUCUAUGUUGUAUUCCUGCUGUGCCCUGGCACUCCUACAGUCAGAAUCUUUUUCUGUUCAUAUGUUAAAUUUGUCACUUUUUCUGUUUGAAACUCUUUUGCCAUAUAGCAUCAUUAUUCAGACUUCAUCAAUCACCAGAAAACCUCUUCUGACUUUCCUAAGAUCGCAUAGAGGAGAAAUUAACAAGUGAGCCUCUAGCUUACAAACCAGGAACACGGUAGAAGUUAGUUUAAGUGAGCAGAACCUCUACUAGAACAAGCUAGCAUUAGCAGUAUGUAUUCUGUGGAUUUCCAUGAUUUUCUACAUUUUUAUUUUGAAACUUCUCUAACAAUAAGGAGAAAAAAAUACCUGUGUUGUUAAAUGUAGGUCAAAAGUAAAUUAUUUGUUCUUUUAAGAGCUCAUGUUACAAUCCUGAAAGCAUAAUACAUACCAGCUUUUCAAGAAAACCAGUUCCUGAUGACAACUGCAUUUAGAUCCUGGGACAUGGGAAAGUCUACGUAAAGUUGACAAAGUUUAUUUGAUAACCGAGGAACUGUGUGAGAAGAGUGGUAAUGCAAAAUGUAUAUUUGUAUAGUUUUUAUUUUUUUGCUAAUUUAAGACGACUUUGAACUAGGAAAAACAUGGUUAUGUGCAAGGGCAGAGCAUCUAACACCAUUAGAGAUGGUGUAGAAGCUUUUGAAUGUGUUAACAUCCUGUCACCACUAAAUGACUUCAGACUGUCAGACUAUGAUCUAGUCUGAAUUAUUCUGCACCUGUGGAUUUUUGUGAUUAGUCAUCAAUGAGAUUAAAGAUCUUUUCAGUAUAGCACAAUUGUGAAAUUGCUGCACAGUACUGAGAAAUUCAGAUUGCUGGCAGUGAAAGAAUACUAGUAAAACAUCUUAAAACAACUUAAAAUUAGUCUUUAAGUAUUAAGGAGUUUGUAGCUGCUGAUUAGAGGUGUUAUGAUGUCAUUCUAGUACUUCUAUGGUUAACUGAAAGCUACUAUUUGAAAUACAGUAUGUUGCCUGUCAUUAUUGAUUAUUAUAGCAUUUUCACAAAAAAUAUCACAAACCAUACAAGUUUUCCUCCAUCAAAGAGAACAACUUCAAUAGUUAUGUAAAAGUAAACAUCAUGUCAUAAUAACUAUUUUCAGAAUUGUGGCAAUGCAAUAAUUGUAGGUAAUAUUAUUAGUUUAUUAAAUGUGCAAUCUUGAUGUAAUUCAGUGCCAAAAUGCAUGUUUUUCCAAAUAGCACUAAAAUGAGGCAAAGAAACUAGUUUUCAAACUGAGACUGACUUGUCACAUUAUAAUGUUAAUCAGUUUCAACAUUUUGGUUUGUUUUGUGUGGAAACUGUUGCACUAUUUUUGGCUGUGUUUUCCAGCAGUCCACUGCAUGCCAUUUGUGUAAAGGAUUCUUUCUAUAAUUCCUGUGAACUGUCUCACCUGUAAGAACUCUGGCAUUGGAAUCUAGGAUUUUGGCAAAGUAUUUUGUUACCUCAGUCUUGUAUCAAGUUGCUGCAUUUUUCAGUUUGUUACAUUGAUAAUAAUGAUUGUUUUGCUAAUUAAAUACUUUAAUGUAAAAACAGUUUGUUUACUACAACAGUAAUAGCAUUUGGUUGUAAGUUUAAAAAUGUGCAGGGUGGUAUGUAUG